AGUAAAUUAAGUUUUGUUGACAAACAAGUCCCAAUUUUAAAGUUCCCCAUUGAGAUUUUAACAUUGUUAUCAAAAAUGGCAAUUUUAAUUCACAACUGUAGAUUAUGUCAAAUAAAUACAGGAUCGAUUCCAUUACAAGAAAAAUUAUGUGAACUGAUUUUAAAAAUAACCAAUAUCAAGAUAAAUGAAACAUCAGAACUACCAAGUACUAUAUGUAUAAAAUGUAAUAAUAAAAUUAGAGAAAUUGACCAGUUUAUUAGAGAUAUUCAAAAAACCAAUAAUCACCUUCAAAUGUGUAUUAAGAAAUAUGAUGAUCCAACGGACGUUUUAUUUAGAAAAUCUUAUUUUCAAAAGUAUAGUGCUAAAACUGAAUUUGAUUUAAACGAAGUCAGUGUAAAGCAGGAACAUCCCAAUGAUAAAAGAGAGGAGAAACAAUCCAAUGACAUAAACUAUGAAUCUAACUGUUCGAGGAAAUCAGUAGAUCAAAAAGAGAAUAUAAUAUCAGAAAUUAAUACCUCUAUGAAUAGCGAGGAAAAUGAAGAAAAAGCAAAGUAUCAAUGUAUAAUGUGUGGAAAAGUGUUUGAAGAUGAGCAUGAGUAUACAUCCCAUCUAGGUACUCAUGAUCAGUUUAUUUGUAAAGUAAAUAAUUGCUUAAAAAUAUAUAACUCAUUGCGUUCCUUCAAGGAGCACCAAAGGAGUCACGGAGGAAAAAGGCCUUUUUUGUGUGUAAUCUGUGGCAAAGAUUUCGCUUCAAAGAAAUGUCUAAUUUGUCACGAAAAAACCCACGCACUUAUAAAAGGUUAUAAAUGCGAAUCUUGUAAUUUGGAUUUUUCCGUGAGGAGUAAUCUGAGGACUCACAUAAAAAAACAUCACGAAUAUAAUAGAUUUUAUUGUUCCCAAUGUCCCAAAGAAUUCAUGUCGAAAUGUAGUUUGGACAGACACGAAAAGAUACAUAUUGGAAUUAAGGAAUUCAAAUGUGAAGAUUGCUCCGCUGCUUUUUACACAAAAAAAGAACUAUUGAAACAUCAGAAGUACCACCAGGGAGUGAAACUACAUAAGUGUGAAAUUUGUUUCAAAACAUUCUUUGAACGACAUCAUCUCACCACUCACAUAAGAAGUCAUAAUGGCGAGCGACCAUUCGUCUGUGGUAGUCCCAAUUGUGGAAAAUCAUUUUAUGAUAAGCAAAAAUUAAAAAGACACCAAAAAUCAGUGCAUAUUUCCAAAGAAAUCAAAAUCAAGAGACAAGAUAUAAUUUAAAGUGUUGAAAUGUCUAAACUAAAUUAAAGUAAAAUAUUGGUUUUAAUCUUGGAUUGUCAUCAUGAUUUUUUUUAUUAACACUACAUUGGCUACAAAUGGCUACAUUAAGGCUAGAAUAAUACUGCAUCUGUCUUUUAGAAUUUUGAGUUUUGUAUAAACUUUAUUUAUUUUUCUAUUAUUUAAAUAUUUUCCAUUUUCCCUUAUUGAAUUUCUGUGUCUUACAUAUGUAGUGGAGUGGAAUCUCAAUAUAAUUAUGAGUUUUGG